AUGGAAGAUCCAGGUUCCCCCGUUUCUCAGUCUGGGGGCAUUCCGAAAUCGAAAUCGCAGCAGAGCAUCGCAGGCGCUAGUGGAAGAGAUCACCGAAAGGACGUGCACGAAGCCCACGAGAAGGGGUUUCAUUUUCUCGAAGGGCGAAAGCCGCUGACAUGUAGGCGCACAUUCAAUGACACGGAAGAGUGGGCGGAUGUACCACAGGACAUGCCUUCAACGAUGAAGGCAGCGGCACUGGAACGGGCCCGCGCGGCCCGCGCGGAGGCUCGGGGAGAAGGAUUUGGGGCUUCCGAAGGUCAGUCGAAGGAAGAGGAGGCUCCGCAGGACUCCAGCGUCGAGAAGGCAGCAGCGCUGGAAAAGGCCCGGGCAGCGAUGGCCGCGGCACAGAAUCAGGAUGAAUCCAACCACGACACCGGUGUGGACAGAGCGAAGCAGGCCUUCGAGGAGGAGGAGAAAGCCAGGAAAGCAGCAGCUUUGGAACGGGCCCGCAGGGCAAGGGCCGCCGAGAGCAGCCAGCCGAACGGAGUGGAGGCACCGCAGGACAAUGGCGCCAAGAGCGAUGUGGGUAUGGACCGGGCUAGACAGGCUUUCGAGGAGGAGAAGGCUCGCGAAGCAGCCGCACUGGAGCGAGCCAGGAGGCGCAGCACAGUAAUCCUUUCAAAGGAUGAUGAGCUGGAGGUGCCUCGCGAAGAGGACGAGGGGAAAGGAGAGGCGAAGACUGCGGCCAAGACACCUCAUGAAGCGGAGGGACGGCGAGACGCCGAGGAAAGUAAGGAGCAUCGCAAAAGCAACAACCACUUGCGAAGGACUGGAAGGGCCCAGCAUCGACGACUCCAGCAAGCUCAGCGGGCGGCAGCCUUGCAAGAGGCUGCUGGCGUGGCCGAGCUUCGGCAGCAGGUGGACCGGCUUCGGUCCGAAGCUUCAGAGGUGGACGAGUUGCAUGCCAGGCUGGCUCAGCUCGAGGCUCCUGCAUCUGUGGCAGCCGUCGCAGCGCCUGCUGUCAGCGGAGGUGCAGACGGCUGGCACCAUGCUGAUUCUGACGCGGACACGAUGGACCCUGAUGUGCUCUCCAAAGGCGCUGAGCUCACUUUGGGAGAGCCUGCUGUCUCCCAGCCGGAAGCUGGGGUGGCAAUUGCGGAACUGGAGAAGCUCAAGUCCGAAGCCGCUCAGCCCAUCGUGCAAGCACACCCUCUUCAUGUUCAGUCCCAGAGAGCACAGCAGGUGCAGUUGAUGCUUGAUGUGGUAGUUGCUUCUGGGUCUGCUAAUACCAAGUUCUCUUCUAUGGAGCUGCGCGAUCGAACUGGGGUGCUUCCUUUGUUCGUCAGGCUGCUAGAUAAAGUGUCGGCUGCGAGGAUUUCUGCUUUAUUGGACACUCUCAAAAGGUGGAUUCGCUAUGCAGAAUGUCAUGUGGCUGCCGAUGUACCUUAUUGGAUGCCGCCGGCCAUGUGCUUGGCAGCGUUCUUGCAACAGGUUUCUAAAGGUUGUCCGACUGCUCCUGUCACGGUGUAUCACAAUCUGAAGUGGUGGGUCGAUAGAUUGGGACUUCCCUUGCCGAUCGAUGACCCGCUGGUUGCUAUGUUCAAGUGCCCUCCGGACGGGUACGCGGCGAAAUAG